AGAGAGGGGGAAGAACAAUAAACAUUACUUUUUAUGUUUCUUGUUUGCUGAUAAUUAGAUAUUUAUUUGGAUACACAUUACUUUUUUGUUAUUUUAUUGUUUUUAAAAUGAACUCUCUUCUCUUCUCAUUAUUUUAGACAUCUUCUUUUGUCUGCUGCUUUUCAUCGUUUGUCUCUUUGAACCUGUUCCUCCACAGAUCUUUUCCAGCUCAUAUUAUGGAUUUUUCUUCACUAAAAGGUUCUGAGCUUGGGAAGCUUGUGUUGAGCUCUGGUCUCUUACACAGCUCAUGGAAUAAGAUCUCAGAGUUACGUUCAUCAAGAGCCCAUCAGGUUCAAACUCCAGGUCUAGGAAUCAAGAUUUUCCAAGAAACCAAAUACACGUUUGUUGUUUUUGUCGCACCAUCAAUAAACGCAACUUGCCCCUUGAACUCUGCUUCUACACUUCUUUCUGGGGCACAAGAUCAAAACCCUUUUCAUUUCCUCUGCUCCGAGAAGAUCUCCUCCUUCUCUCUUCACACCCCUGCUUUUCAGCUUUUUGUCUCUGCCUACAAAAACAAUCUCCUCCACCUCAAAUCAAAGUUGCUCCAUUUGCUUGAGUCCAAUAAACAUGUGAUCAUCACCGGAGCUGCCUUAGGAGGAUCGGUCGCAUCUCUCUUUACACUAUGGCUUCUAGAAAAAGUCGAGCCAAGACUAAAACGUCCAUUGUGCAUCACGUUUGGCUCGCCUUUACUCGGAGACGCUUCCCUACAACAGAUUCUUGAAAACUCCUUGAGAAACUCAUGCUUCCUCCACGUGGCUUAUGCUUCACAAACUCCCAUCAACACAGACUUCAAGCCUUUUGGAACGUUCUUGAUAUGUUUCGACUCCGAAUGUAUUUGCAUCGAAGACCCUGAAGCCGUCAUGGAGCUGCUAGGCGGUGCUAGUGCAGUAGAUCAGAUAGACUACGGCAGAGUUCUUGAUCGUUUGGAUCGAACGGUGAUGGAGGAUUCAAGAUUGAUGAUAGACGACGUUAUCACUCGAAUGGAGGAGCGUGCUGAGAAGAAGAAGCUGCGUUAUGACCAGCUCAAGAAACUAAACGACAUCAAAAUAUCGAUGAUAUAUAUAGAGUGGUACAAAAAGAAAAGCAAGAUGAGCAGGGUCGGUUACUACGACCGGUUCAAGACUCAUCUCGCGUCUAGUGCUUCACCCUUCGACGUAGAUAUCGAGAAGCGGAAAACAGAGGUCAACGAUUACUGGAUAUCGUUGGUUGAAGAAGUUGAGAAGAAGCCUCAGAGUGAAAAGUCUGUUCUCAAGACGAGGUCUCUCUUCUCCGGGAACAACUACAGACGUAUGGUCGAGCCGUUAGACAUUGCUGAGUAUUAUUAUAACGGUGGGAGAAAGUACAGAACCUCUGGGAGGUCGAGACACUAUGAUAUGCUUGAGAAAUGGUUUAGGGAGGGGAAUCCGAAAGAACCGCUUAGAGGUAAAGAGACGGAUUUGAGUGAGCUAUUAACUUUUGAUUCUUGCUUUUGGUCUGAAGUUGAGGAGGCUUUGAUCUCAAUCAAUGAGUUGAAGAAGACACAAGAAGGUGAGAGAGAGGUGUUGUUGAGGAAGCUUGUGAGGUUUGAAGAGUACGUGUGGGAGAGGAUUAGUAAACGUGAGGUUUCGCCAGAGAUUUUUUUGGAGAAGAGCAGUUUCAUGAAGUGGUGGAAAGAGUACAAAGAUGUCGUCAAAGUGUUUGGUUCUUCUUCACCUUCUGAGUUGACCAAGUUUAUGAACGAUAGGAAGUACGAGAGUUAUGGUCAAGCCUGCUGAAGAAUAGUGAUUUACAUUUUUUACUCUUUAAACGGGUAUCGUUAAAUGUUUUUGAGUCGAUGAUUGAUUAUUUGUAUUUUAUGGUGUUGAUACCUUUAGUAAGGAACCAUUGAUUUGAUGACCUUGUAAACAUCUCCUCCAGUAAUCAUGGCAGUAAUCAUGGUUUUACUAUAGAAAAA